AUGCAGAAUAAUGUGCCUGUCGGGACACAAGCGGUUGAAGGACAGGAAUAUGUUAUCCGUGGAGCCAUAUUAUUCCAAGAAGCGCCGUAUGACAGAGAAGUAACGGGGAACGGCGACUCGAUAAUGGUCUAUGAUCCAAACGCCGAUAUGAGUUCCCCGCCGUAUUGGGAAAAUGGAGACGACCCUUCGAAAGAGGAAACGAGCUUAGUUCCCGCAAGGCAUAAGGUGCGUGUUAUCGCAGCGGUCGCCAUCGCGGCAGUCGUGAAGUUCAGACGCGUAUAG